GAAUGGAAUCGAACGUCGCCGGUCUCGUGGUCUCGAGGAGGUAAUCGAAUGUGGAAAUUAGAGUGAUCGUGUCGAGGAAAGAAAAUUCUACGAUGCUCUUUGUCAAUGUACUUAUAGUUUUCGGACUAAUAGCUUCCGGCAAGGGAAUCAAGGGAAGUCAAUGUAAAAACCGGAAUCAAAGUUGCGUACCGGAGAAAUUUUGUGAAUCAAAUAAUUGGAUCACCAAGGGACACUGGAAAAAUUCGAUAAGCCACCGGACACAUAUUUGCCAUUGGGAGGGCAACAAGCCAUGGAUUUGCUGCAAUAAUACCGACCUGCCCAAGGAUAAACCGUGUGUGUACCGAGACACCGAACCAGGUCUUUGCGUGGCACCUCUGAAAUGUAGAUCUGUUGCCAACUAUUUGAAAAAUCGUCGAAGAAAUAAAUAUUUCGAUGAAGAAAUGGAGAAAAAUUUGUGCCAUCGAGACCAUGAAGGUUCGUAUUACUGUUGUCCGGAAGGGACCCUCGUUCAUCAGAGGAAAACUGUUUCCAAACAAGGACCUACGAUAUCGCCUAAAUCAUCGUUUUUGGAAACGGAUAUCACCAAACGUCCAAGCCAAGGGAUGCAGAAUGUUUUUGCCCCUUGUGAGGACCCCGAAGGCAAGUCGGGGUUUUGUGUUCCGAUAAAUCAGUGCUAUCGCAUCAGUAACACAAUUUCCCAAGGAGGCAAUUUAACCAAUAACAAAAGUAUAAGGCAUUUCAUUAAAAUGAGCCGCUGCCCAUCCGAUGGUAGAGGUGGCCACUGGGUUUGCUGUGCAGGAUCUCAACAAGCCAAGCUAAGCUCGUUCAACAAUCUGAUUGAUCACCCGAACGCAAAGAAGCUGGGUUUGACCAACUGUGGACAACCAAAAGUGGACCGAUUGCAGGACAAGAUUCACGGCGGCCAGGAAGCAGGAUUGGGUCGCUACCCGUGGAUGGCUAACCUACUUUACUUGAGUCGGGACAAGCUGGAACCCCGAUGUUCCGGCUCAUUGAUUCACGAGAGAUACGUUUUGACCGCUGCCCAUUGUUUGAAGGAAAAAUAUGACCCUCUGAAGGUGCGACUGGGCGAGUACAAUCUGGACACAAAUCCAGAUUGUGAUGACGAGGGAUACUGUCUCAAGCCGUAUCGGGAUUACGCAAUUGACAAGCGGAUUGUUCAUGAAAACUUCCACGAGAGAAAAACACGUUCCAUCAAAAAACACUUAGACUACGACAUAGGUCUGGUGCGCUUGAAGUCUAAAGCGGACACCUCCAUGGAACAUAUCCAGCCCAUCUGUUUACCCUUGUCAAUAGAUCUUCAGAUUUUGAAACCGAAACAGCUUAAAGUGACCGGCUGGGGGCUCAAAAAACACGGCGCUCCUGCUUCAGAGCUUAUGGAGGCCAAUAUGAGAACCGGAAGUUGGACCGAACUCUGCAAGGGUGAGUCGUUGUUCAGCGCAAAGGGUUUCCAGGGAGAAUGUCACUGCAGAGGUGAUUCCGGAGGUCCGUUCCAGACACCAGUCCUCCUCGAUAACCAUCUGAAGUAUGUGGUGUUCGGAAUUGUUUCUAGAGGCUCGCUAGAGUGCAUCAAAAAUGGUCCUGGCUGCGGAGUUAUGGUCGGAUAUCAUUUGAAUUGGAUAUUGGACCACAUGGAUAUUUAAAUCUUGCGGUAUCAUGUGGUGUCAAGCCAAUCUGAGAAGACUAAAGAUGGAGUGAAACUUGUCGGUUCAUUUGUCAAAUAUAUUGUUUUACAGUAUCUAUGUCUAUUGUGUAGAGACGUCCGUUGAUGUUAGAACGCAUUUCACGCAUUAUCGAUAAUACAAGCUGAAGUUGGUCAGCUGAAUAGUUUAGUAAUAUCAACUAAUCAACUAACAAUACAGAAUUUCAAUACAUUUUUAUAAUAAGUACUUACUAAACGCUUCAACUAACGAUGAUAAAUUAAAGCAAUAAAUGAUCUGAUUUUUUUCUAUUAUUAUUGUCUCUUA